AUGCGUCCAAAUCAACCUUCGACACCGAGCCUCUCGCUCGUAUACACUUCCUUCCAGCCGCAUACUCAAGUGAAUACGAACAAUCAUAACACCAACGAUAAUGAAUACUACUCACCAAGCUCACCAUCGUCUCCGACCAGCCUACUAAGCUCCACGACCGCGAUUACAAGUACCAGCUACACGUUUUCCUCAUCACCAAAUUCACCAUCACUAUCGGCAGUCCAACCUCAACAUAUUCGCAAACCCCACUUGAUUUCCGAUAAACUGAACAUCGGCCACAGUCACGCCGGUGCGGGAUCCGAAACAAGUACAGGAACGACCAUAACACUCCGCCGCCGCCCCUCUAACAUCGAUAUACUUCUUCAGCAAGAACAUUCUCGGGCGUCGAUCGAUGCAAUCGAGCGACAGGGCCUAGAGCUCCUAGAACCGCGUCCCGUGGAUCUUGAUCCUGUCAGUCCCAUCGGAGUCAGCCCCCGUGGUGUAGUACAGCCACAGUCGCUGCCUACCGUCACACAGGCCCGGCUCCCGAUCCAGUCUCCUACUAGUAAUGCUGGUGUUGGAAACGAUGGCGGACAUGGUGUUGAUAAGGUUACCCGAGCUCAGGAAGAUGUCUCGGUGCAGAUGGACGGGUUGAUCUCGCACUCGCAACCCCGGUUUGUGAUGAGCGGAAUAUUCGAGACGAUGGAAGGGAGAGGGUAG